AUGCCGGAACACAGGCAUUCCGAGGAGAUCCCCCCGGACGCCAUGUCGGCCCCAGAGAGGGUUGAAUCGGGAAUACCAGUUGAAGAUGAAAAGUUCGAAGAUGAAGUCCUACCGCCGGUUCUCGACCUCUUCCAACCGCUGCCAGACAUCGUGGGCAGUCAGGCAGAGGGCGAUCCGCUCACCACCCGUGCCCUCGUCGUCGGUGUGAUACUCGGUUCUCUUGUCAACGCAUCCAACAUCUAUCUUGGUCUCAAGACAGGCUUCUUGUUCGGAGCAUCCAUGUUUGGAGCCAUAUUCGGCUAUGGUAUUGUCAAACUACUGACAAAGAUGUUCCCCAACGUGCCAAUAAUGGGCCAGCCUUUUGGACCUAAGGAAAACUCCAUUAUUCAAGCGACGGCAGCUGGCGCUGGCGGACUUGGGGGACUAUUUACAGCAGGUCUUCCCGCAAUGUACCAACUCAACCUCUUGUCUGAGGACCCCUCGCAUGACUUCUCGAAAAUGGUCACUUUGACCUUGAUAUGUUCCUUUUUUGGCCUCUGUUUUGCGAUUCCACUUCGAAAGUUCUUCAUUGUCAACAUGGCAAGAGAACUGCGACUCGUGUUCCCAACUCCUACCGCCACGGCCCUCACGAUCCAAUCGAUGCAUGCUGCCAGCAGCGAAGGCGCGCAGGCCAUAAGACGGAUCAAGGCUCUCACGUUCACUUUCUUGGGGGCAUUUAUCCAACGCGUUGUCUCUUACUAUGCGAUCGGUAUCUUGUACGACUGGCACAUAUUCACCUGGUUUUUCAUCUGGGGAAACUACAACAAUGCAGCGAUAUUUGUUGAGAAUUGGGGCUGGUCGAUUGAAUGGACACCCGCAUUCAUCGGGAGCGGCAUGCUGGUUGGUAUGAAUACGGCUGUGUCCAUGUUCUGUGGCACGUUAUUUGCGUGGGGCAUCUUGGGCCCAAUAUUGGUCCACUAUGGCGUUUGCAUCGGCAUUGCCAUGGCGCCCGAAAGCGAGCGCUGGCACAACGUCGUGUCGUUUUCGCAGAUGACGGGCGUUGACCAGCCUGGAUACGUGCCUUCACCUCGAUACUGGUUUCUUUGGCCGGGAGUUGCUGUUCUCGUCUGCUGUUCACUAGCAGAGCUGCUCGUCCACUGGCGGAGUUUCUAUUACGGCAUCAAGUAUGCCUGGAAGAAUUCAUCGUGGGACUUUAUGCGCAAGAAGGGUGGGCGAAGCAGAACAUAUCUUUCUAGCCAGUCUUCCCGGCGUCGACCUUCCAUGUUCAACGAGAACGUGUUCACGCACGAGGAUCCUGCCAAGGAAAAAGACCAAGUGCCGACUUGGGUUUGGGGUGGAGGUACGAUAGCCAUGGUCGUCGUCGCCUGCAUCAUCUCAGAAGUUCAGUUCAACGUCAACGCUGGACUGGCAUUGUUGGCAUCCAUAUUUGCCAUAUUCUUUGCCUUUCUCGGAAUCCAUGGUGCUGGAGUGACGGAUAUUGCUCCCUUGACGGCUAGUGCUAACGCCGCGCAGCUCGUCUUUGGUGGCAUCACUUCCAACCAAGGACUGGCGGUACCACAGCAGCAGACGGUCAAUCUCGUGGCGGGAAGUAUUGCUUCGGGAGCUGCGGAAAUGUCUCAGGAAUUGACGUCGGAUUUCCGGACGGGCUAUCUACUAAAGACUCCGCCAAAAAAGCAGUUUUAUGCACAAGCGCUCGGUGCCGUGGCUGCCAUGUUCAUCGCACCUGGUGUUUUUAUCCUAUUCACGUCGGCGUAUCCAUGCAUUAUACACCCAGACGAGUACGCAAACUGCGCCUUCUCGGCCCCCUCCGUUACUGCCUGGCGAGCUGUGGCCCAAGCCGUGACCGAAGACAGCCUCGACAUCCCUCCCUCGUCGGGGAUAUUCGCCUGCGUCCUGGGAGCUAUUGCCAUUAUACAAGUGGUACUCAAGCACAUGUACCUAAAGGGCGAGCGUGAAAAAUAUCGGGACUACCUGCCAAACUGGAUGGCUGUGGGUGUGGCGUUCGUGAUCCCCCAAACGGUUUACAGCACCGCAACUUUGAUGGGAGCCGUGGUUAGUUAUGCCUGGUGGAAGCGCAGAAGGAUGAGCUACGAGACAUACUGCUACGCCGUUGCGGCUGGGCUUAUCGCAGGCGAGGGCCUCGGCGGUGUCAUUGGCGCUGCGUUGCAGCUCGGUGGUGUUGGCGGCGAUGUCUACGGCACCCAGGCGGGCUGCCCAUUGGAUUCAUGCUAG